AUGCACCUGCUGUGUCAGGCCCUCGGGACCUGUUGCCACAAGACCAACGAAGCCACGACGGAAAGUGAGCAAGAAAUGUCCGGAGAGAAGGAAGUGGGGCAGCGCAUGAAAAGGGCGAACUUGAAGCGGUCACGGAGACGCAGCGUGUGUCAGAGGCCCCCGCAUUGGGCGUCUUGCCGUUUGCUUGUUCAUCCCUAUGUGCGUGCUCUGAGUCAGUGGAACCCAGCUAUUUCCAGCAGAACAGUUCCUUGUCCAAGAAGCUACAAGCUUCCCAAGGCGCGAAGGCGAGGCACCGCGGCUGCUGCGAUGGCCGGCUGGCGGAGGCUGGUCGUGGCGGCGCUCCUGCAGCUGGCCUUUUCACGCGUCCUUCCUACAGAGAAUUGCUAUGAAAAAGGGGAGCUGUCACAAGGAGGUAGAUAUUUCAACUGUUCAAAGCCACGUCUGAUCUUCAGUGACACUCCAAGUAUCCUCACAAUGGACUUUCGCAACAAAAACAAAAAUAAUGUAUUCAGUCUGUCACUCAACAGAACAGCCGAUGCCUUCCACCUCAUUACUCGGAAAGGAAAUGAAACAAUUAACAGCACGCAAAUUGAUUUACGAGACUCUUCAAGUAAACUCCAUCUAAAAAUCAACCGCUCAAGUGUGCGCGCAAAGACACACGGAACAUGGCGGAAGCUGGACAUUCCGAAGACAGACGAGAUCUUCUCCUUGUACUUUCGAGGAGUCCCUCCCAACCCUGCUCUCUGCAUCACGUGCUACGGAGAAGACAUCUGGCAAAACGGACGAGACGCUUAUCAGAGCACUGAACAAGGCGUCGUUCAAUCCAUCCAGAGCACUGAACAAGGCGUCGUUGAAACCACUCAGAGCACUGAACAAGGCGUCGUUGAAACCACUGAACAAAGCAUGACGCAAUCCCCUGGGGCCACGGAACAAAGCGAGACAGUAACAUUGUGGCCGCUGUGCUUCAUCCUGCUGCCAAUAUUGGGCCUCCUGCUGUACAAACGAAAGCACCCUUGUGGAAAGAUGCAGCUGCUGCGCCAGGCCCUCAGGACCUGUUGCCACAAGACUAACGAAGCCACGACGGAAAGUGAGCAAGAAAUGCCCGGAUAUUUUCACCAAGCUCGAAGAGAAGAAACUGGGACAGUGCAUGUUAAGGGCGAGUUUGAAGCGGGUCAGGUCGUAAGUGAAGACGAAUACGAAACAGUGAAUGACAUUAACGUUUCUGCUGAUGUUCACCAUUUCGGAAGUGAAGAAUAUGAAACAGUGAAUGACAUUUACGUUUCUGCUGAUGUUCACCAUUUCGGAAGCGAAGAAUAUGAAACAGUGAACGAUAUAUAACAGCUAAUGAUUGUUAGUAUGGUAGUAGAUGGCGUUAAACAUGAUGAUACUGACAAGCUCAUGCCCGGUGCCAGAUUGACUGUAAGGGAGGAUGAAGAUACAUGAAAACUAUAUGUAUGUCUGCUAAUGUUGUUUAACAAUAGACAAGUGUCAAAUACGAAAUGACAUGCAAAUUUCUGCUGAUGUUCACAGGUUCGGAAGUGAAGGAUAUGAAUCAGAUAUAUACUUGUAUAUACUCAACAAGUAUAUACAAGUAUAUAUACAUAUACACACACAUAUACAUACAUGUAUAUACAUAUAUAAAGGCACACAGACAUACACACUCGUGUGCGUGUUUGUGUAUGUAUAUAAAGAUGUUCAGAUUCAUCAUUUUAUGACGGAGGAAACCUGUACUAUAAUUUGUGUUGUGUAUAUUUCUGGACUUUGACGUAACAUAAGCAGGAUGUGUGAUAAGAAUUUCCUCUCACAUGAAUUAUCAUAAUAUGAUACGGACACAGAGAGAUUAGGGUCUCAGUGAAACAACACGAUAGCUUUACGUGUACAGUUUCUGAAUCAUAUUUCAAUACACUUGUUGUGUCCCACCUUUGUACAUCUGGCAACCAUUUCGAAGUAAACAUACCGUAAAUAGUAUCUUUAUGAAUGAGGCGAAAACCCUAGUUGUCUGUAACAGAGAAUGUGAUUGUUAGAAUCUAUUUUUCUUUCCCGUUUUCAAAUUGGCGACAGCAAAUGCAGUAAUAGUUAUUCUUGACUUUGUGGUGGGAUAUUUUUCACUGGAAUUGUUUAUUGUUCGAAAGGGCAACACCUAUGGAGAUGAGGCGGCCUUUACCCAUUCUUUAAACAGAACAAUUAUCAAUUAUAGCUCCAUAUUUCUUGAAAAAUGAAAACGCUUCAUGCUUUAAACAUACAUGUAUGGUAGUCAAAUCAAAUUAAAAUAUUUGCAAAAUUGUUGCGACCUUUGUAAUUAUUUCUCAUAUCGUAUAUAUAUAUAUAUAUGUGUGUGUAUUAUGCGUACGUGUGCAUAUUGUGUGUGUGUGUGUAUAUAUGAGCGUGUGUGGAUGAGCCUUCAUGUGUCUGCGUGUGUUCAUG